GUAAACUUUCAGGGGUGGAUUCUGGAUUUAUUCGAUGAUGCGCUCAAGUUGACAUGAAUAUCGGUUAUGAAAUAAAAAAAAAAUUGCACAUGUCAUAGGAGCAUGUAUUCGUAAGUUUUUCGUAAUUAAGCCCAGGAGCUGAACGGUUGAACCCUCGGACCGCAAAACCCUUUUAGUCCGACUUUUCCGUCGAAUCUCAGAUUUCCCGAGGAGUGGAAAAAAGCCCGGGAAAAUGGCGGCGGCGGCGGGUGGUGGAGCGGGAUUGGUACUGUCGCGUCCAGUGACGUUCGUUACAGGCAACGCCAAGAAGCUCGAAGAAGUUCGAGCCAUCUUGGGCCACUCCAUCCCCUUUCACUCCCUCAAGCUCGAUCUCCCAGAACUCCAAGGGGAGCCUGAAGAAAUCUCCAAACAAAAGGCUCGUUUGGCUGCAAAUGAGGUGAAUGGGCCAGUGCUGGUAGAAGACACCUGCCUCUGUUUCAAUGCCCUUAAGGGUCUUCCAGGGCCCUACAUCAAGUGGUUUUUGGAGAAGAUUGGUCAUGAAGGUCUGAACAAUUUGUUAAUGGCAUAUGAGGAUAAAUCAGCUUAUGCUAUGUGUGUAUUUUCUCUUGCUCUUGGACCAACAAUGGAGCCAAUUACUUUUAUGGGGAAAACUCUGGGGAAGAUGGUUCCUCCAAGAGGACCCAACGAUUUUGGAUGGGAUCCAGUGUUCCAACCCGACGGCUAUGAUCAGACUUAUGCCGAAAUGCCUAAAGAAGCUGAUUGUGGGUUUGUGAUUUCCUGUUGUAGUUAUGCCGAAAUGCCUAAAGAAGAGAAGAACAAGAUUUCUCACCGCUCCAGAGCUCUUGCACUGGUGAGGUCUCAUUUUGCCGAGGCUGGGUACACUUUCCAGCUGGACAAAUCUCUCUAAAAAGUAUGCUAUAUGAUUCAUAAAGAGUUACAAUAUCCUCUGCAUGUGGAAGAAAGAUUUUUGAGCUAUGCCCUUCCUUUUGUUCAUUCUGGGGAAGAAGAAAAUAUGGUUGAACAUAUUCCAUAUUUGAUUGCCUGCUUCGGAGAAAACUCUGUUUAUUACAACUUGUGGUACGUGCAGAAUUAAAAAAUUUAUGCUUUGAAAGUA